AUGGCCGGGCGGAUCGCCAAGGUGGGCACCGGGGCCACCGGCACGGGACCGGGACUCCGGCGCCGCUGCGGAGCUGGAGGAGCGCGGAGCUGGAAGGGGGCCCGCGACGUGCAGCCGCUGGACGGGAACGUGCGGCGCUGGGGGGGGCUCCUGCUGCCCGUGCGUGGGGAGAGGACACGGGGGGACGUGGGGACACGGGGGGCUGCGGGGAGUGCUGGGGGAGCGGGGGGUCCCCUGCGCAGGGGGGACAUGCGGGCUUGGGGAAGGAUAACAACCCCCCGUUACAACACGGGCGCCUUCCGCUUCGAGCUGACCUUCUCCCCCGCACCACCCGCUGGAGCCCCCCUGCCUCACCCUCCGCACCCCAUCUACCACCCCAGCGUGGACCUCGAGGGCCGCGUCUGCCAGCCCCUCACCGCCCGGCGCUGGCAGCCCAGCACCCGCGCCAUCCAAGUGCUGCAGGACCUGCUGCUUGCACUGGACAGCCCAGACCCGCGGCGGCUGCUGCGGCCGGACGUGGCCCGGGAGCUGCAGGAGCGCCCCGAGGCGUUCCGGCGCCGGGCAGAGCAGCACGCCCGGCUGCACGCCGAGCCGCGCCCCGAGCCCCACGCGUGAGGCAAUAAACGCUCUCC